GCCGUGGCAGAAAGGAAGCGCAGCAUCGCAGAAGGAAAAAGUCGUGGGGUUGGUUGGGGGUAAGGGCGGAAGUAGACACGCACAUGGCGUCGGUGGUGAGGGGCGUCCUCCGCACGAUCAAAGAGAAGGGCAUCGGCGGUUUCUUCAUACAUCUCCGCGACGAGGGUUACACGAACUGCCUUUUGGAUGGGAAUCUGCUGAGCCAACCAAGUCCUAUGUCUUAAAUGUAUUACAUGUUACAAUCAAGGCAAACCAAGAUUCACAACAUUGGUGCAACAGUGGUUGGAGUUGAUAAAUUUGGAAACAAGUAUUAUGAGAAAUUGGAUGUCCAAUAUGGGCGACACAGAUGGGUUGAAUAUGCUGAGAAAGGCCGCUAUAAUGCGUCGCAAGUGCCGCCCGAAUGGCAUGGUUGGCUGCACUACAUAACUGACCAUACAGGCGACGAACUUCUGAUGCUGAAACCCAGAAGGUACGGGGUGGAACAUAGAGAGAACUUUUCAGGAGAAGGCGAUGAGUAUAUCUACCAUUCCAAAGGCCACGCUCUUAACCCUGGACAGAGGGAUUGGACCCGAUACCAGCCCUGGCUACCUGUGAAAUCUUAAUUUCCUUUUUUCUUUCUUUCUUUCUUUUUUUUUUUUCUUCCCUGAAGCAUGACUGGGACACGAAUUAUGUUGCAAUGCUACUACUACUUCCGUUUGACCAGCUUUUGUUAUCUAUCUAUCUAUCUAUGCUACUACUACGAAUUAUGUUGCAAGUUGGAUGAUUUUGUAACUGUUUUAAUUAUUUCCAAGCUAGUUCAUACCUCCA